CUCCACUUGCGAAUCGCUAAAAAAAAUCACUGUUUCAUAACACGUUUUUCUCUCUCACCCACCAAAAAAAAAUCUUUUGUUCUUGUUACCAAAAAAUCUCGUGAUAAAUCUCUUCAAACUUUGUUUUAUUUUCUUCUUGAUUCUCUCGAAAUCUCUCUCAACAAACCCAGAAACUUUCCUUGAUUCGCAAGCUUUUCUUCCUUUUAUAUUCUUCAUUUUGAUGCGAAUAUAGAGAGAGUCCAUAAAAGAAACAGUAAUGGACGAAUAUAUUGAUUUCCGACCAUUGAAGUACACAGAGCACAAGACUUCAAUGACUAAAUACACCAAAAAGUCAUCGGAAAAACUUUCCGGUGGUAAGUCAUUGAAAAAGGUUAGUAUUUGUUAUACUGAUCCUGACGCAACAGAUUCAUCAAGUGACGAAGACGAAGAAGAUUUCUUGUUUCCUCGCCGGAGAGUCAAAAGAUUCGUUAACGAGAUCACUGUUGAGCCUAGCUGUAACAACGUCGUCACCGGAGUUUCGAUGAAAGAUAGAAAGAGACUCUCUUCUUCCUCCGAUGAAACUCAAUCUCCGGCGUCGAGUCGUCAACGUCCUAAUAACAAAGUUUCAGUCUCCGGUCAGAUAAAGAAGUUCCGUGGUGUUAGACAACGGCCAUGGGGGAAAUGGGCGGCGGAGAUUAGAGAUCCGGAGCAACGUCGGAGGAUUUGGCUCGGGACUUUUGAGACGGCGGAGGAAGCUGCCGUGGUUUAUGAUAACGCCGCUAUAAGACUCCGUGGACCGGACGCUUUAACUAAUUUCUCCAUACCGCCUCAAGAAGAGGAAGAAGAAGAAGAACCGGAACCGGUUAUUGAGGAGAAACCGGUUAUUAUGACGACGCCAACACCAACAACAUCGAGUUCUGAAUCAACUGAAGAAGAUUUACAACAUCUCUCAUCUCCUACUUCGGUUCUCAAUCACCGGUCAGAAGAGAUUCAACAAGUACAACAACCGUUUAAAUCAGCUAAACCCGAACCGGGGGUUUCAAAUGCACCAUGGUGGCAUACCGGGUUUAAUACCGGUUUAGGUGAAUCAGACGAUUCAUUUCCUUUGGAUACUCCGUUUCUUGACAACUAUUUCAAUGAAUCACCACCAGAGAUGUCAAUAUUUGACCAACCAAUGGAUCAAAUUUUCUGUGAAAAUGAUGAUAUCUUCAAUGAUAUGUUGUUCUUGGGUGGUGAAACUAUGAACAUUGAAGAUGAGUUAACAAGUUCUAGUAUCAAAGAUAUGGGUUCAACGUUUAGUGAUUUUGAUGAUUCAUUGAUAUCAGAUCUAUUAGUUGCUUAAUAUGAUGAUGAGAGUGAAGAAGAAACCAUCAAGCAAAUAUCUAUGGUGUGACUGAAAAAUUUUGGUGUUACUUUUUUUUCUUUCAUAAGUUCAUGAGCUUUUUUGUUUCUUUUUUAAUAAUUUAUUUAGUUUUGUCAGGAGCUUGUAAAACAGUUUUGGAGAAAUAGUGGAAAAAUAGUUUAAUUAUUCUGUAUUCUUUAUUUAUUUAAGUAAUUGCGUUAUUAGUUGCACGAACGUGUUUAAUUUU